GUCGAUGCCAUUCGAGAACGAGAAAACGGUUAAAGGGGUUUUCGAAAGGGGAGGAGAAAUGCUUGCCGAGCAAAGGAUGCACUUGUGCUCCGUUGUGUAGGUGCAUGAGUGUAUAGAGGCGUACUUACCGUGCACAGGCGUGUAUAUGCACUUCUGUCAACCAAGUCGAUAUCAACAGUAACGCGGUCUCUGGUUAUCUGAACUUGGGCGGUUUUUGAUGUGGUUGCAAACGGAGUCUUGAGUUGUUCCAAUAUUAUAUCUUAUUAUUGGAUUGUAAACUGUACGACAUUGCUCAAGGUAUAUCAAGAUGGAUCCCUCUUCAAAAAAACAGUGCCAAGGCGUUAAUGGAGAAUCAUCGGAGAGUAAGGGCAGUUGUCUGCUGCUACGCUAUGCAAGCCAAAAUUCUUUAGAUGAAAGUUCACAAAAACACGUGCCUCGUGAAAAUGGGAAAGACAAACCUCCGUACAGAAAUCAUCACCAUACCAAUAGGGCAUUUGAGGCAAUGGAUGCAAUGCGCAGGAGGAAUCUGCUUUGUGACGUGAUUUUGGUGGCAGAUGACGGGAUGGAAGUUCUCGCUCACAAAGUAGUUUUAGCAGCAUGCAGCCCUUACUUUUACGCUAUGUUCACAAGUUUCGAAGAACGUGACCAGGAACGGAUUACGCUCCUGGGUGUCGAUCACGCAGCCUUGGAGUUGCUCGUUGACUAUGCCUAUACAGCCGAAGUUCACGUAACAGAGGACAACGUCCAAGUUUUAUUGCCAGCUGCAAACCUGCUUCAACUGACGGACGUUCGGGAUGCAUGUUGUGACUUUCUUCAAGCUCAGUUGCACCCUUCAAAUUGUUUAGGUAUUAGAGCUUUUGCCGAUUUACAUGGAUGCCUCGAGUUACUGGCUCAUGCAGAUAACUACAUCGAACAGCACUUCUCGGAGGUUGUCGAAGGGGAAGAGUUUCUAACUUUGGCAUCCCAUCAAGUGGCCAAAUUGAUUUGCAGCGAUCGAUUAACGGUUCCGUCCGAGGAGAAGGUUUUUGAGUGCGUGAUCUCGUGGGUUCACAGUGACCUGGAGAAGAGGCAGGAGUAUCUGGCACAAUUAAUGGAACACGUUCGUCUUCCGCUUCUUUCUCAAGAAUACCUAGUGCAACGCGUAGAGGAGGAACCAUUGCUCAAGGCGAAUUUGCAGUGCAAGGAUUACUUGAUCGAAGCCCUCAAGUAUCAUCUACUGAAGGGAGAACAGAAGUCUCUCUUCAAAACACCACGUACCAAGCCUAGACAACCGAGAGGCUUGCCGAAGGUGCUGUUGGUCGUCGGUGGUCAGGCACCAAAGGCAAUCAGAAGCGUUGAGUGUUACGACUUCACGGAGGAAAAGUGGUACCACGUGUCCGAAUUACCAACCCGAAGGUGCAGGGCCGGACUCUCGGUUCUCGGCGGUCGCGUUUACGCCGUUGGAGGUUUCAACGGAUCCUUGAGGGUCAGGACGGUAGACGUUUACGAUGCUUCCGCUGAUCAGUGGUCAGCAUGUCCAGGCAUGGAAGCAAGACGCUCCACUUUGGGCGUCGCGGUGUUAGGCAACUGCAUCUACGCGGUCGGUGGUUUCGACGGCUCGACAGGAUUGAAUUCCGCAGAAGUAUACGACCCGAGGGCUCACGAGUGGCGAAUGAUAGCCCCCAUGUCCACCCGACGAAGCAGCGUCGGAGUCGGCGUCGUAAAAAAUCUCUUAUACGCGGUGGGUGGCUACGACGGGGCGUCUCGCCAUUGCUUGUCAAGCGUGGAAUGUUACAAUCCAGAGACAGAUCAGUGGAAGCCGGUACCGGAGAUGUCGGCGCGCAGGAGCGGCGCCGGCGUGGGCGUCCUGGAAGGCAUUCUUUACGCGGUCGGAGGUCACGACGGGCCCCUAGUAAGGAAGAGCGUAGAGGCCUUCAACCCAGAGACAAAUCAGUGGACCUCGGUUAGCGACAUGACCCUCUGUCGCAGAAACGCAGGUGUCGUCGCGUUGAACGGGUUGCUUUACGUGGUUGGCGGCGACGACGGGACCUCCAACCUCUCCUCCGUCGAAGUCUACUCCCCGAGGACCGACACCUGGACCAUUCUCCCGACCUGCAUGGGCAUCGGCAGGAGCUACGCAGGUGUCGCUAUCAUCGAUAAGUCGCAGCUAGCGGGUGCGACGAUGUGAGGUCUACAGUCCGCUGGGCAUGCUUCGGAG